CAGGAACCAAGCGGCCCAAAGCAAAGCUGCAGUGCUCCAAAAGCAGCAUGUGGAUUCUUUCCGUGCGUUAGAGGGGCGUGCGUGUGUGUGUUUGAGACCGAGGAGGGGAGAAAACGAACCGCUGAGUGUGUGCGUCAGUGCGCAGCACAUCGGCGCAGAGAGCGAGUGCGCACACGGCGCCUCCUUCCCUCCUCGUCCGUCCUAUUUGAGGCUGCAAAGCGGGGCGAGGAGACGACACUCUCCCGGCUGGGGAACCACCAAGGACAUUUUAAAAACAACUUCAUUUUUUUGUAUUAUUCUCACUUGAAACUUUGGUGUCAUUCGUGUGUUAUCGUCUUGAAUCAGGACGAUGCUGUCGUCGCUGUUUAUUUGGAUGAUGCCCACUCGGGCACAUUUUAAUCACCACCUAUUCCAUCUGUGAGGAUCGACAUCUCUCCACUCCCCCAUCUUGUCUUUCUUUCUUUUUUCUUUCUUUCUUUUUUUUUUUUUUUUUUUUUUUACAUAAAACGUUGUUUUUUUCCCUUGAAGAUAGCAGGCUGCAAUUAAUUUUUAAUUCGUAUGCAUCCGCACGAAGGUGGCACCAGAAAGGAGGAGGAGAGAAGAAGAAGCAGCGUGCAAAGAAGUGAGGCGGGACGCCAGAAUGAAUGAAUGAAUGAAUAAGAGACAGCGUGAGCUUCCAAGAUAGAGCAACAUUGGAGGAGAAGAGGUUCUUGUGCACAAAGAGCUGAAGAAGUCCCACCGCCGCCUCAUCACCCCUGCCUGCUGACCAACUUCAGCCCACCACCCCGCCCUCUCGACAUCCAUCAUGGCUCUGGCGGUCUGGGUUGUCUUGAUGUGCGCCGUGGCUCUCAGUAACGUCGCUCCGUCCUCUCAAGCUCUGAGCCGGUCGAUGAUGCCCUUUGGCUUGAUGCGGCGAGAGCUGGCUUGUGAAGGCUACCCCAUCGAGCUGCGCUGUCCCGGCAGCGACGUCAUCAUGAUCGAGACGGCCAACUACGGCCGCACCGACGACAAGAUCUGCGACGCCGACCCCUUCCAGAUGGAGAACGUGCAGUGCUACCUACCCGACGCCGUCAAGAUCAUGUCACAGAGGUGUAACAACCGCACCCAGUGUGUGGUGGUGGCGGGGUCCGACGUGUUCCCAGACCCCUGCCCUGGAACCUACAAGUACUUGGAGAUCCAGUAUGAGUGCGUCCCUUACAAAGUGGAUCAAAAAGUCUUUGUGUGUCCGGGGACGCUGCUGCGGGUGCAGGCGCCCAGCUCUUUGCAGGAGGCGGAGCACCAGGCAGGAGCUUGGUGCAAGGACCCGCUUCAGUCCGGGGACCGCCUCUAUGUCAUGCCCUGGACCCCCUACCGCACCGACAUGCUGUUCGAAUACGCCUCCUGGGAGGACUUCAAACAGAAUCGAGCCACCACCACCUACAAGUUGCCAAACCGAGUCGACGGCACGGGGUUCGUGGUAUACGACGGCGCCGUCUUUUACAACAAAGAGCGCACGCGCAACAUCGUCAAGUACGACCUCCGCACGCGGAUCAAGAGCGGCGAGGCCAUCAUCACCAACGCCAACUACCACGAUACCUCGCCUUACCGAUGGGGCGGCAAGUCCGACAUCGACCUGGCCGUGGACGAGAACGGCCUGUGGGUGAUCUACGCCACAGAGUCCAACAACGGGCGGCUGGUGGUCAGCCAGGUGAAUCCGUACACUCUGCGCUUCGAGGGCACCUGGGAGACCAGCUUCGACAAGCGGGUGGCAUCCAACGCCUUCAUGGCGUGCGGCGUGCUCUACGCUGUGCGCUCGGUCUACCAGGACGACGACAGCGAGGCGGGCGGAGACCUGCUGAUGUAUGCCUACAACACCAACCACGGCCGCGAGGAGCCUGUCAACAUCGCCUUCCCCAACCCGUACCAGUACAUCUCCUCCGUGGACUACAACCCCCGAGACAACCAACUGUACGUGUGGAACAACUACAACGUGCUGCGCUACCCGCUGGAGUUUGGACCGCCGGACCCGACCACGGGUCCGCUCACCACCACGCAAGUGACCACCACUGUGCCGGCUCGGCCCUUCACCUCCAGCGCCAGCCCCUCCACCGCCCGCCCCGUGGCCCCCACGCUGCGCCCCGUCGGCUCCGUCAACAACAACAACCACCACCACCUCCCCGGCCCCGACCUUCGAGCCAUCACAGCCACCGUGCCUGUCACCCGCUGGACGCCUCAGUCCUCACAGGGCCCCCAUGUCUGCGAGACCAAGCUGGUGCGAGGGGUCCAAUGGCCCACCACCUUGAGAGGGGAGACGGUGGACCGGCCGUGUCCCAAAGGUUCUCUUGGCAUCGCUUCCUUCCAGUGUUUGGCCGAGCAGGUCAUAUGGAACCCGCGUGGUCCUGACCUCAGCAACUGCACCUCCCCGUGGGUCAACCAGGUGGCCCAGAAGAUAAAGAGUGGCGAGAACGCUGCCAACAUCGCCAUUGAGCUAGCCAAUCACACGCGAGGGCGGAUCCAGGCGGGGGACAUCAGCUCGUCGGUGCGACUGAUUGAGCAACUGCUGGACAUCCUGGACGCUCAGCUGCAGUCCCUCAGGCCCGGCAACAAGGAGUCAGCAGCACGCAACUACAACAAGUUUCAGAAGCGAGAGCGGACCUGUCGGGCCUACAUCCAGGCGGUGGUGCAGACGGUGGACAACCUCCUCCGCCCCGAGGCGCUGGAGUCCUGGCAGGAUAUGAACAGCACAGAGCAGGCGCACAUCGCCACCAUGCUAGUGGACAUCCUGGAGAAAGGCGCCUUCCUCCUGGCCAACAACAUGUAUGGCAGUCGCUUCUCAGACCGAGCGCCCAACAUCGAUCUGGAGGUGCAUGUCCUGAACACGGAGAUGGACCUGCAGGACUUGUCCUUCCCACUCAACUACGGCAACGACAGCACCAUCCAUCUGUCGGCGUCCACCAUCAAACAGUACAGUCGUAACGGGCAAGUCAAGGUGGUCUUCAUCCUGUACAAGCACCUCGGGUCCUUCCUGUCCACCGAGAACGCCACCGUCAAGAUGGACUUGCAGUCCGGCCACGGUCGGAAGCGCCUGGCCGUCAACUCCCACGUCAUCUCCGCCUCCAUUAACAAAGAGUCCAGCCGCGUCUUCCUCACCGAGCCGGUGGUCUUCACGCUCAGACAUCUACAGGUGUUGGAGAACUACUACAGCCCGAACUGCUCCUUCUGGAACUACUCGGAGCGCACCAUGACGGGCCAGUGGUCCACGCAGGGCUGCAGGCUGCUGGACACCAACGGCACGCACACCACCUGCUCCUGCAGCCACCUCACCAACUUCGCCGUGCUCAUGACUCACCACGACAGCGAUUUCCAGGGCCACAUGCAUGAGCUGAUCCUGUUCGUGAUCACCUGGGUGGGCAUCGUCAUCUCGUUGGUGUGCCUUGCCAUCUGCAUCUCCACCUUCUGCUUCCUGCGCGGCCUGCAGACCGACCGCAACACCAUCCACAAGAAUCUGUACGUCAACCUCUUCAUUGCCGAGCUGCUCUUCCUGAUUGGCAUCGACAAGACAGACUACCAUAUCGCCUGUCCCAUUUUCGCUGGACUUCUGCAUUUCUUCUUCUUGGCUGCCUUCUCCUGGAUGUGUCUGGAGGGUGUCCAGCUCUAUCUCAUGCUGGUGGAGGUGUUUGAGAGCGAGUACUCCCGCAAAAAGUACUACUAUCUGUGCGGCUACUGCUUCCCGGCUCUGGUGGUGGGCAUCUCGGCAGCCAUAGACUACAGGAGCUAUGGGACCAAGAAAGCAUGCUGGCUACGAGUGGAUAACUACUUCAUCUGGAGCUUCAUUGGACCCGUUUCAUUUGUUAUUAUGCUCAACCUCGUUCUCCUGAUGAUCACGUUACACAAGAUGAUUCGAAACUCAUCGGCGCUCAAGCCUGACUCCAGCCGCCUGGAUAACAUCAAGUCAUGGGUCUUAGGGGCCAUCACCCUCUUGUUCCUCCUGGGGCUGACGUGGGCGUUUGGUCUCAUGUUUAUCAACGAGAACUCUCUCAUCAUGGCGUACCUCUUCACCACCUUCAACGCCUUCCAGGGCAUGUUCAUAUUCAUCUUCCACUGUGCUCUGCAGAAGAAGGUCCACAAAGAGUACAGCAAAUGCCUGCGCCACUCCUACUGCUGCAGCCGCACGUCCACCACCAGCUCCCACGGCUCCAUGAAGAACUCGGGUCUGCGCACCAACAACCGCUACUACAGCGGCAGCCAGGCUCGCCACGCGGCGGCACACAGACAGAGUCGGAUCCGCAGGAUGUGGAAUGACACGGUUCGGAAGCAGACGGAGUCUUCCUUCAUGGCGGGGGACAUCAACAGCACGCCCACGCUCAACCGAGCAGCCAUGGGCAACCACCUUCUGGCAAACCCGGUGCUGCAGACUCGUAGCGGAACGUCUCCUUACAACACGCUGCUGGCUGAGAGCUUCACCCCGCCCUCGCCCGGCGUCUUCAACUCCACCGGAACUUUCCGAGACCCAAAGAGCACAUCCAAGGGCCGCGACCCCUGCGGAAUGGAGACCCUGCCUCUGAACGGCAACUUCAACAACAGCUACUCCCUGCGUGGUGGUCCGGGUGGCGGAGGCAGCUGUGACUUCCUAAGCGGCGGGAGUGGAGAGAGUCCCCCACCUCUACUCAACCCCCGCGGCUCGGAGACACUGGGUGGCGGGGGUAUCCGGCGCAAUCUCUCCGAUGCUGCUGCCUUUGAGAAGAUGAUCAUCUCUGAGCUUGUGCACAACAACCUGAGAGGUGGUGCCGGCGUGGGCGGAGGGAACGUGGGAGGGGACGGAAGCCUGGCCAAGGGGCAUCCUCACGGUGCGGGCGGACGUGGAGCCGCAGGGGCCGGGCCGGAGACGGGUGUAGACCAAGAUGAUGGUCGGCAGCGCACUCCGCAGGAUGUGGAGCUGCUUUACAAAGCACUGGAGGAGCCGCUGCUCUUGCAACGCGCCCAAUCCGUCCUCUACCAAAGCGACCCGGAGGAGUCGGAAAGCUACACGGCCGACCUCACCGAAAGUCUGGGUCACAGCGGCCACAGUGUUGGCGGGCAGGGAGGCACCAGAGCGCCUGACUCGCCAGCUCGUGACUCCUUAUACACAAGCAUCACCAACCUGCGAGACUCUCCCUACCCGGACAGCAGUCCCGAGCCCCUGGAGGUGGUGCCCCGAUCGGCCCAGCCCCCCGAGGAACUGUACUACAGCUCCGGGAGGCCUGCUUUGGGCUCCCGUGGGGCACCCAUGCAGACCUUCUACCAGGCCCCGCCGCGGAGACCGAGCGGGGACCACCAGGCUCAGGAGCCCGCCCACAAUGAGGGGGACGGACAGAUGCAGCUUGUUACCAGCCUGUGACCGGCGGCCGAAAGAAGGGACUGAAGUGAUGGGCUUCUAGUGCCAUGUGGUCCUGGCGUCUAUCCACUUCCUGUUUGUUUGGUUGCCUUUCUUUCUCUUGAGCAAACAGAGUGACCUUCAGGGGGCGUCGCUGCUCACUCUGCAGAAGAAGCCUUUGACUUUUUAAGGAGUGUUCAUCCAAACUGAGUCCUUCCCGGUUCCUUUGGUACCUUAAGGCCAAGUCCAGCACUCUGAAUGUACCGACCCCCAACCCCUUUACCUUUCAGAACUUUGUUAUAACAAAAAAACCUUUCUGGAGACUAUCAUUUUGUAUUUGCUCCUUUGCCCUUUGGUACCAAUCAUCAUUUGAUAGCUAGCUGCUGUGGAGACGCGUGGAGUCGUCUAGUACACCGUUAGAAGUUAAAAAUGUCUCUUCAUUGUUGCCAAAAAUAUCUUUUAUUGAGCCAGAACAGAAAGUAGAACGCGCACACAGACUUAUCCAGAAGUGCUCAUUAUUGAACUGUUCCUCAUCAUCAGUCUCAGAGGAAGACAAUUCAGAGGAGUUGCCUUCAUUUCCUUUGAAGAACAGCGGUGGAGGCGGGGCUUUCGGGGGCACCGACCACUCCCUCUGCCCCUCCUCUUUUUUUUUUUCUUUUUUUUUUUGCAGAACCAUGACCCGCUUCGCCCUUUCUGCCUGUUUGCUUUUUAGGCAUUGGAAAAAGUGACAUGACUGCCUUGCUAUUGUUUUGCUGAGAGUAUUCAUUCUGUUGCAUCCUGUGGGGGUCCUCCUGUAUUUGCUGUUAGAACAUAGCCAGCUGAAGUGGACUUGUUUCCUGUGUGUGUGGUUGUGACCGACAACUCUAUAAACCAUGUACAUAAGAACCACAAUCCGCUUUAUUCCUAACUACUGUGUAAAUAAAUAGAGAACGGCGGAUGUUCAAAAGCAACAAAAGCGCUAUGACAGAUGACUUCUUGUACUUGCAACAAAGGAGAAAAAUAAAACAUUUCUUUUUGGGGGGGAGUUAAAUAAAUGGCUCCAUGUCUGUCUUCUGAAGAAACACAUUUUUUAAAUGUAAAAUAACUUAUGAGUUGAUAUUUUACGCAGAGGUCCUGCAAAAUUGUCAUUUAUCUGCCUGUGCCUUUUACGCAGAAGCUGUAACUGUGUGCACUUUGCGCUUUCACACAGCGAAACAACAUCCCACAGUCAGAUACUUUGACGUCCGCGCCUGAUACAAAGUGCUUGUUGGACGGUGACGGCUGCUGUGCUCUUUACACAGAACACCAACACGAAAAAAACUUGAUGAAAGGGUACGAUGCCUGCUGAAGCCGGAAUUUUUCUACUUUUUCCUGGCCUGAUAUUCUGACUUUAUAGGCAGCCUGACGCCAACAGUCACUUUGAACAUUUGCGAUGUUCCAGCCAUACGACAGCCUCAGAAGGUAGACUUCGUCCCCGCCGCCCCCAGUCACUGCAGUCUACACAGAGCUACACCAUGGAAAAAAACAGCUUAUGUCGUCACAGUGAAAGGGAUUAAAGCAGGCAUGUCCCAACUUGUCCACCGAGGGCCACUUACUGAAAAAUGAAAGGAUGUCAGGGUCACUUUUGUAUCAUAUUUUGGAAAGCAGCACAUGUACUGUAGAUAGGCUGACGCUGUUGAUGUGUUCAUGUCAGAAUAAAGUCCAAAAAGAGUGUUAGACUCUGUGGGGACACUAUUGUGCCUCUGUGUGCCGUCACAACAGAGAGGGGGGGUGGCUUGACAUGGUGCGCAUGCAUUAAUUAUGCUAAACAUUUUAACUGAAUUAAUUUGUUACUGCUGUUAAUGCGCUAUUUUUGACAGCCCUGAAUUUAAUGUUACUUUUCAGAAAAGUACAAUGAAAAAAUAUGCAUUAACAUUAUUUUCCCCCAUAAUAUUCCAAGAAACUGUGACUUUUUUUCUCCUUAGAACGCGACUUUUUUCUCUUCAUGUUUUAACUUUAUUCUCGUAAAAUGACAGCUGUUUUUUUCUGCAGGGUUGUUUUUUUUAACUUUUCCAACUACGUCAACUUUCUUGUAAAUUUUCUUUUCGGAAUUGUGACUUUAUUUCCACAAUAUUUUGACUUUAUUCUCGGAACAUAACUUUUUCUGCAACUUAAUUUUCCAAAUAUUACAACUUUAUUUGGUAUUUUUUUUAUUUUGGUUUGUUUUUUAUAAUGUUAUGACUUUUUCUUUAAUAUUUCAACUUUAUGCUUCCAAAAUUAUUUUUCAUCAUAAUAUUGUGAUGUUAUUUUAUAUUUAAUUAUAGAAAUAUACAAUUUUUUCUCCCUAAAAUUACUCAUGUAAAAUUACUGCUGAUUUUUCAAUUUUUUCUCUUGUGUUUUUUUUUUUUUUUUUUUUUUUUUUAAAUAUAUUUUUAGAAUGUGCCGUGGGCCACAGAUGAUCCCCAGGCUGCACUUUGGACACCUCCUUGGGUAAAACCUGCUAAAGCCAGGAUUUUUCCAUCUCCAAGAUCCUGACUUUGAAGGUAGUCAGACAAAUUGCUUUGAACACAACAUGGAGGGAGAAGUGUGACUCUUCACACUCAUGUCCUGCCUUACUGGUAUUCCCUUUUGCACAGCCGCUGUCAGGGCUCUGAUACUACCUCCAAAAUCAGUAUACUGCCUGUGGAAAAUGAAGUGGUGUUAGCAGGCAAUAGUCCCUUUCACUGUACUGAUAAAAGCAGUCUUUUUUGGUGCUAUAGAUCUAUAUAAACUGCACGGACGAGGAGAAAUGGGGCGUGGCAAUUUAACCUGGCAAUUUUCCACCGUUACAAAUGGCAUUGACUGUGCGGAAUGGUGGUGACAGUAAACCUGAAAAUGUUGCACCUCCACAGGUGGUGUCCGAGCCGUAACAGAAGCAGUCCACCACGUGUGACUGGGACUCCUUCCUUUCAUGCUUCUUCCUUUUCAGUCAAUAUUCUGCUUUGCUGGCUUCUGUGUGAAAGGUACAGGCCAAGGCUGUCAUGGCUAUUUUGCAAAGUUUCUGUGAAAGAAGCCAUAAUAAAAGUAAUGAACGACAUGUUUUCUCCAUCAAAGACUGAUGCAUCCCGUGCCUGAAUUGAUGAGUUUCCUGUUUGCUAGUAGUUGACUUUCUCUUGCCUCUCACACAGACGUUCUUUCCGGGAAUCAUGCUGCAUUCCGAGACGAAGGAGUGCUAGAUAAGCGGUGAAAGUCCCAAAGAGUGCAUGGAGGACGUUUGAGGAAUGAGCUGUCGUGAGAGAACAGAAGCCCUCCAGCUACAAUCCCACUGACCUUCAAAGAGCCAAAUUCAACUUUGUCUAGAACCAUUUGGACAUGCUUUAUUUAUUAGUUUUUUUUAAAUCUAAAAUAUGUAUUUCUUACCAUUAGUUUUCCUUUUACAACUCACAUUGUGUUAUGUGGUUGUAAAUGUGAGCAGGAAAUAGAUUCUCUCGCUGUUGUGUGACUCAUUCAGGAAAAACCCCACGGGACUUUUAGCAAAGGAAGGUCUCCGUGCAGCAGGUCAAAAGCAGACAAGCAAAAAGGGUUACAAGAGCUUAUUACCGUGUAUUUAUUUAGUGUUGUGUAACAUACAGUAUUUGGCAAGCGUAUGUAGGCACAAGAAGACAACAAGUCACAACAAAGCCAAAGAAUUUCGGGUGGAAAAAUGAGCGAGAAAGAGUAGAAACAAAAUCAUAAAUUCACAAGAAUCAUGACAUGGCAUGUUUUGGUUUUGUUUAGAAAAAAAAGUAAAAUUUUAAAGAAAAAUGUUAUGGCAGCAAUAAAACUAAUUUUAUUUGUAAAAUGUACAGUAUAUUAAAUUGCAUCUUAACAAGUUGUCAUCUAACAGCCCUCAUCUCGAUGCAGCGUUACGACUAUGAUGCAAAUAUUUAAAUUCUGGGUUUUUCUGGGCCGCACGGUGGCUGAGUGGUUAGCAUGUUGCAUGUUCUCCCCGUGCGCGCGUGAGUUUUAUCCGGGUACUCCGGUUUCCUCCCACAUUCCAAAAACGUGCAUGUUAGGUUAAUUGACCCCUCUAAAUUGUACAUAGGUAUGUUUGUCUAUAUGUGCCCUGCGAUUGGCUGGCGACCGGUCCAGGGUGUACCCCGCCUCUCACCCGAAGUCAGCUGGGAUAGGCUCCAGCAUGCUUGCGACCCUAGUGAGGAUAAGCGGCAUAGAAAGUGGAUGGAUGGGCUUUUUCUCUCUCAUGAGGUACUGAAAGGGGCGCUAGUCCACAUUCCUAAGUUUUCAUACUUUUGUACUGUAUACGUUUAAAAUGUUCUACUCUCGUUCUACGUGAUGUGGAAGCGCCGUAUCAUGAGGUUGGUGUAUUUUGAAGUUAUAGGUACUUUAAUUUUUACGCCACUCCAAGUUUUUUCUUGUAAUAUUGCAAUUUUAUUCUCCUCAAAUAGAUUUUAUAUGAAUAUUUUAACCUUAUCUGUAAAUUCACUCUCGUGUAUACAGUCGUCCGCACCACUUUGCGGUUUGAAUUUCAUGGCUAUCACGGUUUUUCAAAAAUAUAUUUAACAAACCGUGCUGUUUUCCAGGUGACUACGGCUUAUUAUUCAUAAAAUUUGCAAAUUGAAGCAAAUUUAACAGAUUUUUGCCUAAACUAGGCAUUUUCAAGCACAAAAAUGGCUAAAUGAACUAAAAUACGAAUAGAAGCCAUUUGAGAGACGCAUUCAGAGACGCUGUGAAUGAUACCUGUAUGUGGUAUCCUACACUCAUCGUUAGGCGUCAGUAAUAUCAUUGGAAUGUUCGGUGACCAGACUUGAUCACAGAACAGCAGGCUUUUAUUGCAUGUGUGAAUGACCUCACAACUGGCGCAAUGAUCCCGAAUAAAGAUUCCUAAUAAAAACACAGGCUAUUAUUGCAGCCGUUACCCACGGCAAACUAAAACUCAACUCUGAACCCCCGACAUCAUUUCCUGCCUGCUGGCCACUCACCUCCCCUAGGGAACGCAUUUAUAGCAACACACACGAGCACAAGUCUUAUUUAUGUCUUAAAUGGUUUAUUUACUUGUAUUAUGUCUACUGUAUUAGGGGACUAUAGGGGUGUUAGUUUAUGUCUAGAGGGCUCUAAUCAUGUUUUAAAAAACUGAAUUAUAAGCUUGUAAACAGGAUUUCGAUGCUCUAACUAUGACAAGAUUCCAUUUAUGAAAAAGGAAUCCUAUUUUGCAAAAAUUCAUAUCACAG